UUUGAUCUUGGACUCGCUGCACGCAUGCGCCCCUCAUUGGCUCCUCUGCACCGUCUGGAGUAAGUUGGAUGCGCGCUCUCCUCACUCGCAUCCAGAAGCCAUCGGAAAAACUGUUGCGAUGGGGAGGAUCAGGGAAAACCACUUUGGGAUUUUGACUUUUUCCCUAUUGCUGACCUUCAUCUGGGCUCAAAGCGUCAAGGAUAUUAAGGAUCCGAGCAAUAUGCCUCUGGUGAAGGAAACAGUGGACAGGCUGAUGAAAGGAUACGACAUUCGGUUGAGGCCAGAUUUUGGAGGUGCUCCUGUGGCGGUGGGGAUGAACAUUGACAUUGCAAGCAUAGAUAUGGUCUCUGAAGUAAAUAUGGACUACACUUUGACCAUGUACUUCCAACAAGCGUGGCGGGACAAGCGCCUCUCGUACUCAGAGAUCGCCUACAACCUGACGCUGGACAACCGGGUGGCCGACCAGCUCUGGGUCCCUGACACCUACUUCCUCAAUGACAAGAAGUCCUUUGUUCACGGCGUCACGGUCAAGAACAGGAUGAUCCGUCUCCACCCCGAUGGGACGGUGCUUUACGGGCUCCGCAUCACUACGACUGCUGCCUGCAUGAUGGACCUGCGCCGCUACCCUCUGGAUGAGCAAAACUGCACUCUGGAGAUAGAAAGCUCAUGGAGAUUUUUGUGUAAGGUGCCACAACGUUGGAAGGACAAAGUUGGCAYCAUGAAGGAGAUUCUGUUUCUCUUCCCUGUGCCUCUUUCAGGUUCUUACCCCCGCCUGUCUCUCAGCUUCAAACUGAAGAGGAACAUCGGWUACUUCAUCCUGCAGACAUACAUGCCUUCCAUCCUGAUUACCAUCCUCUCCUGGGUCUCCUUCUGGAUCAACUAUGAUGCAUCUGCUGCCAGAGUGGCCCUGGGGAUCACUACGGUGCUGACCAUGACAACCAUCAACACUCACCUGCGAGAGACACUCCCSAAGAUCCCCUACGUGAAGGCCAUCGACAUGUACCUGAUGGGCUGCUUUGUGUUCGUCUUCCUGGCUCUGCUGGAGUACGCUUUCGUCAACUACAUCUUCUUCGGCCAGGGUCCCCAGAGACAGAAGAAGGCGGCCGAGAAAGCGGCCACGGCCAACAACGAGAAGCUGAGACCCGACCCCAAUAAGAUGACCCCCGACGACAACAUCCUGUUCAGCGCCAUGGAGAUGAAGAACGAGAUGGGCGGUGCCGGGGAUCUGUCCCGGGGUCUGGGAGCUCCCACGGAUCCCCGCAACACCAUGCUAGCCUACGACAGCUCCACGCUGCAGUACCGCAGGGCGGCCAUGGCCCGGCAAAACUAUGGCCACAGUGCCUUGGAGCGUCAUGCCCAGAAGAAGUCCCGCCUACGGAGACGGGCCUCGCAGCUCAAGGUGAACAUCCCAGACCUGUCCGACGUGAACUCUAUCGAUAAGUGGUCCAGGAUGAUCUUCCCCACCGUCUUCUCCUUCUUCAACGUGGUCUAUUGGCUCUACUACGUCCAUUAAAACCCCGGAGAGCCAGGAGGCCGGCUUCCCGCCAGACGACUGACGAAGAAGAAUUGGCGUGAAAAAAAAUCAAGAAAGAAAAAUAAUUUGCGUGAGAGAGAGAAUGCGAGAUGAAAACCGUGUGCUGACUUUUUUAGAGCUGGUUUGUUUCAGACGACGCGAGGAGAACACAGAGACUUUUUUUGCAGCAGCACCCACUUCAGUCAGCAGUGACUCUUUUAGGAUUUGGGAAACACCUUCAAGUGACUGACGAGCACUCGAAUAAAAGAAGAGUGAAUAAAAAAAA